UCCUCUCAUUCUCAUAUCAUUCAUUUCCUUUCCUUUGCUUUUUUCCCCCCUCUCCCUUCUCUCUGUCUCUCUUUUCAUUCCUUUGCUGCUUUGGGCUUUCCCUAAUCCAUCCUUCUUGCUUGCUUUCUUUCUUUCUGCAAAAACAAACACACCACAACUUGCUCUACUAAUUCUUGCUGAUGAUGUGAUUCUCCCAUCCCACUAACUACCAAAAUACUCUUAUUCCCUAAUCCAAACCCUACUUUCUAUAGAGGCAAACCAAAUCAAGGAAGAACAACUAAUUGGGCAAAAAGGAAGAAGAAGAAGAAGAAGAAGGUAGGCAACCCAAACAAUGGUGUUUUCAUCCAUUCCAGCUUAUCUUGAUCCAGCCAACUGGCAGCAACAACAGCCGCAGAUUAAUCCACAAAGUGGGGCGCUUAACAUGAUGAUCAUGACCAGCGGAAGCGGCGGCGGCCUCCACCCUUCCGCCGCAACGGCUCGGCCUCCACCACCGCCGCCUCCCCCGCUGCCCGCUGCUUCGGGCAGCAGCAGCGGAGGCGGAGCGCCGGGCUCGAUCCGGCCCGGUUCGAUGGCGGACCGGGCCCGGAUGGCGAACAUCCCGAUGCCGGAGGCGGCGCUGAAGUGCCCCCGGUGCGACUCCGGCAACACCAAGUUCUGCUACUUCAACAACUACAGCCUGUCCCAGCCCCGGCACUUCUGCAAGACCUGCCGCCGCUACUGGACCCGCGGCGGCGCCCUCCGCAACGUCCCCGUCGGGGGAGGCUGCCGCCGCAACAAGCGCUCCAGCAGCAAGAGCGGCGGCUCCUCCUCCAAGUCCCCCGUCAGCGGCGGCGGAGACAACAACAACAACAGGCCGACGGCAUCCGGAAACUCGUCCAGCAGCUGCGGCGGCGGCGGGGGAGGCGGAGGAGGCGGAGGUGACAUGUUCGGGUCAGGCCUUUUUGGCGGCGGCGGUGGGGGACCACCUCUCCGGUUCAUGGCACCCCUCCACCACCAUCACCACGGCGGCCUGUCAUCCGAAUUCCUCGGAGGAGGGGAACAUCACCUCGGGAUGAGCUACGGCGGCGGCGGAGGAGGGAUGAUGAACAACGUCGGGGACCUGACCUUCCAAAUGGGAGCGGCGGGGUCGCUGCUGUCUGGGAUGGACACGUGGCGGCUCCAGCAGCAGCAGCAGCAAAUGCCGUUUUUCGGGGGAGGGUUGAUGGAUUCAACGGCGGCGGCGUCGGCUUCUUCGGCGGGGCUGGUGUAUCCGUUCGAGAGCGGGGAGGCGGCGGGAGGGUGGAGGGCGGCGGCGGCGGCGGGGGGGAAGUCGUCGAUGAUAACGACGCAGCUGGCGGCGGUGAAGAUGGAGGAGAGCCACCACAAUCACCAGAGGAAUCUGGCCAGGCAGCUCUUGCUCGGGAUAAAUAACAAUCAUAUGAAUAAUCAGCAGCAGCAGCAGCAGCAAGGGUAUAAUAAUAAUAAUAUUAUUAUUAGCUAUAAUAAUAAUAACAGUAAUGGCGGCGGCUGGGGUGGUUCUGGUGCUAAUAAUUCUGCUGCUGCUGCUGGGUGGACAAGUAGUGCGGAUCUUUCCAGCUUCACCUCUUCUUCCACUUCCAACAAUCAGCUCUAGUUUGGUUUAGAUUAACUUUUUAAACAUACGAUGAAGUGAACUUUGACUGUGUUGGUUAGUUAGUUAGUUAGUUUAGUUUAGUUAGUUAACUGUGUGUGUGUGUGAUGUGGAGAUCCUGAAGCUAGUUGUGUUGGGGAUUCUUCUUCUUCUUCUUUGAUUUCUUGUACGUUUUCUGAUUUUGGUGGGUAAUGUGGUAGUAGUAGCUGCUUCAGUGAAUCUUGUAGAGAGAUAGGGUUGGAGUUUCGGGUUUGAGGGGGAUACUUUGAAACAAUGGUGAUGAAUUUGGCUUCUCCAAGAUUGACUAGUAGUACUAAUGUUGUAAGAAAGCCGCAUGAACGAGAUCGAGAUUGAGUUUUAUCGAUCAUUAAUGAAAAAGCCUA